GAUCGGAUGUCGUCUGGUCGGACCGGAUGGCGUUCGAGUAGAGGAAGUUUUGUUUUGCGAGUUUUCCGUCUGAUUCGACGGGCUGGUUAUUUAGUUAAAGCGCUUUGAAAUAGUACGAAAUGGUUGUAUGGGAGAUUGCAUAAACGUUAAAAGCACAAGUGUAAAAGGCGAGAGUAGAAGCCGAAGCUGUUGAAGCGGCGGAACUCUACACUUUAACAGUAACCCGAGAGCACCUUGCUGCUAAGCUAACGUUAGCGCGGCUAGCGUUAGCUUCAAGUCUGUGUUUUAUUGAAGGGGGCUCUCCGAGCUAACGAAGCCAUGGGGAACCGGGGCAUGGAAGACCUGAUUCCCCUCAUUAACAAGCUUCAAGACGCUUUCAGCUCCAUUGGCCAAAGUUGCAAUUUAGACCUUCCUCAGAUCGCUGUGGUUGGAGGACAGAGCGCCGGGAAAAGCUCGGUACUGGAAAAUUUCGUCGGCAGGUAGGUACUUGUUUCUGACUUGGCUUACGAUGACAAUUAGCUCUAAGUUCACAGUUUUUCCUUCAAUCUGUGUUAAAACUAAUCACACCCCUAUGUUGACUCACCUUUAUACGGUGAAUGGUAGGGGUGGGACGAUAUGUUGUUCUCCUGAUUCGAUUCUUCUACGAUAUUUUGGAUGCCGAUCCGAUUUAAAUCGCGAUUAUAUUAUAUUGUAGAUUUUGUGAAUAUUCAGUCUGCAUUUUUAACAUCAGUGAAACAGCUGAAGGAUUUUUAUUGUCUACUGACUACUACGGAAACCAUAUUUCGGUUUAAAAAUUGUAAAACAAUAGAUCGUGAUACUUAUGUGAAUCGAUAUUUUUUCUCUGGGAUGCCCUUUCCGUGGUGCACAGUGUCCCUCUUCUGAGCACCAAUACCUCGUGUUAUACUUGACAAUCAUAAAACACUUAUGGGUUCAAAUUUAAGCAAUAGCCGUGGAUCAAUGUUGGUAAAUGCACAGUAUUGAUUUCGUCUGAAUCUAUCAGGAAAGAUAUACUGCACCGUGUUUUCAGCCGUACAUUUUUCUAUAUAAAUUGCAUUUCAAGUGCAAACCGUAAUACUUGUCUUCAAUAAAUCACCAUGCAGAUUGAUUAAAUUUGCUUCCAUUUGUUUGACCUAUGUGCCAAAAACUUGUUCUGUGGUUUUAUUUAUAUUUACAUGACGCUCCCAGGAGUUCCUCUUGGAUUUGCAUGUUGUCAUCAUCUAGAUUGUUGCUGAAAGAUGUUCAUUUGAUUUUUCUUGUGUGACAUUGAAGUGUGUUGUAAGGUAAAUAUGCUUAGUCUAUUAGGUUUGAGAGACUGCAAACAUGUUCUUGCAAAGACAAGUGCAGGUAAACACUAGAGGAAGUGACUUCUUGUCUUUGGGACUUUGAUGUUUCCCAAGAGCUUUUUAUAGUCUUUACUGCAAGUCAUUUGUCAAACAUCAUAAGUUCGUUCUUACUAUUGCGGGCACUACUUCCUUGACCAUCUUCCCUUUUUGUUACUGGUUUUUUUUUUUCUUAAUCAGGGAAAUAGGAUUGAAGUCUCUCAUUUCUCCCUGAGGUGUUAAGGUCAAUCUGAAGUGCUUCUGAACAGGCUGAUCCUGUCAUCUUCAACAAACAGGCUGGGUCUCUCUUGUCCUCUCCCACAUCAGCAGAGAGGGAGAUCGCCCUGCAGAUAUAGAAACAAAACAAGCCUGCUCCAAAGCAGCUUGUCGAGCAGGUUUCCAAACCCAUAGAGUGACAAUCUGUGUGUGUAACCCAACCCACACAGGGAUCGUACACAUGCACGCAGGCCAGCCUGCAGAGAAGUGGAAGUACAUCUGUUAUUAAGAUGGCAUUCAGACAGGCCUUGGUUACAAACAGACUAGACAGAGCAUGUCAUAACUGCUCUUAGACAAGAACAUGCAUGCAGAUUAGGCUACUAUUCAGUGCAUAUUAGUUCAGAUUACAGGCACUUAAGGCACAUUAUCUGAACUCACUGUUAAGACUAUUCAAGGCGACCUAAUUUCACAGCAUUUGAAGGCCUCCUCCUUUCUGCCUGUUGAACCAAUCGUUGAAAAGUUGCACAAAUGCUGACCUGUUAACAACUGUACAGACUCAUUCUACUAUAAAGUAAGGGAGGGUGUGCUUUCGUGUCUUUUUAUCCAAACAAUAAAAGCAUCAGCCGCCCUGUUGCAGGCCACCUUGAAACUCCUGGUCAAACCCAGCACUUUGGAGGUGCUGCACGUUGCCAUAACAACAUGUGUGUUAAUGUUAAUAUGACUCAUGGUCCAGAUAAGGGCUUGUUUAAGUGCAGGAGCAGAUCAAUAUGUAACAGGGUUUGACACUAACUUUUUCACAAGGAACACACGUGCUCCAAAGUUGAAAAAGUAAGGAGCACACAAAGAACUUUAGGGGAACAAUGAAAAUUGAUCGAAAACAUUUGCCUUAUUGGUUGACAUAAGUACUAUUAUUUGAAAUCAAUUUGAGGUUUUUUGGUCACAUGACAUGGAAGCUAUUGAAGGAAAACUACCUUUUUUUUUGGAACAUUAACCGGUAAUUUAUUGAUGGUCCCUUAUUUAACACCUGACGUUAACUGUGAGGGUGCCGAGUAAAUUUGACUGCUGCUGUUGCUAUUCCCAGUUAUGGAGCGUGGGAAGACACCGGUAGAUCCGCAGUGAAUGUCCGUCGAAUAUCAAACCUAAAACUAACUUCACAAGUAAAAUGUUCACACUGUGGAGUCCUGUGUAAAAUAGAAAUCUUGCUUUUAUGAUGAUUUCAUACACAAAACUUGAGUGUUUAAUGUUGCGUUAGAUCAAACCAAAAGCACCAGCUGAGCUUCUGCUGCCUCGAGACCUUGAGGUUAACCUGCUCCCGCCUGAUCUCACAACUGAUGUCUUCAUCUGAUACCAAAUGAACUAACCUCGAGUGACUCGAACGUUCAGCUGUGUCAACUUGUUUGUCUCUCGUUGUUCAGUUUCUGCUUUACAUUUCCUGGUUCUAAAAAAGGAAAGUAGGACUAGACCAGUGUAGUUUGUGUUUCUUGUUUUUCUUUUUGUCCUGAUCUUUAGCCCAGACAGUUGGGCGGGAUCGAAAAUGUCUUCCCCUUGAGUGUUCAGUCCAUCUUGUGUGAAUUUGAUAUGGGCUUUUUUUCCCUCACAAGUUUGUCACUAGAGACCAGAUCACAUCGGCCACCCAGUCUGCAUUUUCAGCUGAACAGAGGCUAAUCAGAUCACUCUGGCUCAUCAGCCUGAUGCUUCUCUGAGAAUGUUUCUGUCUUCUGUCUGUUGUCUGCUCGGUGGGGAGGGUGUGUGAAUGUGCUGACGGCUUGUUUAACUUCAUCUCAAAGCAACUAAACGCCGGGCCUUAGUGAAUGCGGGUCUCCAUUAUUGGCCGUGCUAUGAUGUCAUUGUCCAAGGGAGUGAAGACAUCGUAUCUUUUACUGCAAGCUGGUCUGGGUGGAGGCCGUUAUCAGAUUUGUGGCGAGUACUUUAGGAGGAAAGCAGGAGCUCUUCAAGUGCAGCGGAGGCGAAAAUACAAUCAUGUUAGCAAUUGAAAUCUAUUGGAUGGCUUUCAACUUCAAACUAAUUGUUAUUAUCUUUAUUUGUAUCUGUGGAUUUACUGUGAGAUGGAGAUGAAGAUAUAGAAACACAUUAGCAGAAGUGGCCACCAGUUUGGAUGCUGGAUUGUGUCUCACAGCAGACAUCACUGCCAGGGAUUUUCCACUAAGCAGUUGGAUUUUGAUAGUUCUUGAAAAGGAUUUUCUGCCCAGUGAUGCCUCUCGGUACCCGCAGUGACAGACUGCAGUGGGGGAAUGCGGGUAGCCAUAAUUGUAUGUUCAGUGCCGCACCAUAGACCCUUGGGAGGAGUCCCGUCAAACCACAAACAAAUUUUGUGUCCUGUUUAGCUCCCUCGAGAGCAUUCUUUGACCUCAGAGUUUCAGACGCCAGUUUCCCGUGUGCGGUCGAGGAAUAGGAGGAUCAGCUGUGGGGCUCUGGCUCCUCAUAAGUUGUUCUGCCUGUUUGAAAGAGACAGAGGCUGCGGGGGCAAGCAGACAGGGGGAGGGGAGUUGGCUCUCCUGUUCUCUGCCCUACUCUCGCUUGCUUUUGCUUUCUCUUGUGUUGGAGGGAGGGAGGGAGGCUCACAGACUGAUGCUCUUUGCUUGGCCAUCCAUAAUGCAUGAAAUGAUACACAAUCUGCUCAGCCUCGUCUAUCAUUUACAGCGCAUCAAUAAUACAUCUUAGCCUCUUUCCUUUUUUUCCCCUCGAUAUGCCACUGCGGUUAAUCUGAUUCUGGCGAUUAAGACUAAAAAGUUCAACCCUGCCCAGGACGGCACUUUAUAAGACAUUGAUUACCAACCAAAUACGAUUGAUGCUUUUAUUUAAAUCCACUUUUACACUGAAGUUGAGUCGUCAUAAUUCUCCUUUUUUCUCUUACCACUUUGUAUUUUCAUCUUAAACCCCCAAAACCAGCUCCUGUUCCUCAUCCGGACCUCUCUUUACUGUCCGCCAUGUGGACAAAUGCCUGCAUGCUUCACAUUAUGUGCAUGACACAGCAACAGUGCUGACCCACGGACCUGUGGGUUUUUGCUGAUGUGGGAAACGUCCUGAACAUUCUCCACUGUUCCACCACACAGCUGCAGUCUAGGAAAAAGCAGGCAUGAUGUCGUAUCACCAAUAUGAUAUCGUCCUCUCAGGCCUGUGGGUCUAAAAGAAAAGAGGAAAAUGUUGGUCAGUGACACGCUCAGUUCUGCUUUGACUGGGGCCGGUGAUUGCCACCAGAUGUAGUAUGUGUGCAGAUCAGCAGAGAGGCUUUCAGAAAUGGGAGGGGUGUGAAGAAGACUGGGUGGGGGAGCCUCAUCUAAGAGAGGGCUGACUAAGCAACUUUGACCGUGUGGUUAAAAAUUCCUCAGGUGCACUGUCACUUUAAGAGAAACACACGAGCGGACUGUGUGAAAAGGGUUUCAUUGAUUCAUGCAGGCCUGUGUGUUAAUAAUGCACUGGGGCAACAUUUGAUGUCGCUUGCUUACUGUCUACGUUGCGCUUGUGUAACACAUAACAUUGUGCAGUUAAGUAGCACAUUGCACGUUUGUGUUUGAGGUGAAGACAGCAAGACUCUGGUAAGCUGUUAUGGGAAAUGGUGUUGACACAGUUAAGACUCGCUCAAACACUGCAGGUCUGCUGAAACCCUGGGCCGGGCCCGUCCUGGAGAUAGGCAUUAAUCUGUGUUGUGUGCUAGUUCUUUAAUGAACCGGUUUUCUGUAGAAACUAAAACGUAAUGGUUCAGAAAAAGGUUGGUUGGGUUCAGGUUCCUGGUUUGGAAAUCUUUUAGGGAAACAAACGAAACGCGUGAAUGCUAAACACUCGUCCUUUUUAGGGAACUAGAAGAACUUUAACACGUCGUCCAAAGUGCAGCAUCAACAGUUAAAGCUUGUUGACUCGCUCAUUUCUUUUUAUAACAUUUUGAAUUAAACAAAACCAAAAAAGCCUCUGCCAAAUGUGUGCGGGUAAAAUCCAUGAUGGCGGUACUAGUCUAACUAAUCAAAAAAAGUCAUUUAAUUAAAAAAUAAGUUAAGUCAGACAAAAUUUACCUGAGUGUACAAAUAAAGUAACCUUUUACCUUUUGACCAUUGACCUAAGUCUGCUCAAGUUUUACUGCAUUUUUCUUGCAGUUUCAGCCUCUCCCUUUCUUGCUCCUCUGCCGUCUGUCGAGUGUCUACAAAUAUGUCUAUGCACACAAAAAAACUGCUCAAACAAGGUAUUUAGGAUCACGACUUUAUGACAAGGCGGUGAGCUAAAGGUCGGUUUUAGUUGCUGUGUGGAUAGCUGUGUUACUCUGACAGUGAUACGUAUGCUAUUAGGUCUGCUAUUGGAAAAAGUGCCACUGAUAUUUGCCCUCUCUGUUACAUAAACUAGGAUAAAGAAAAAGCACAAGAAUUCAAACUAUUUGGAGGGGUGUGUUUUUAAAUAUAGUUCAUUCAUAGUUUUACAUUAUUUAGCUCUAAUGUCUAUUUUUUGCUUUCAAAUCAAAAUCUUUCUUCACUUUUUUAUUACACUGGGUCCAGACCUGUCACAACAGUAGCCGUCACAUACUGUCGGAGCGUCACGUUUCUCAAUAGACUUUACAAAUCAAUGCGUCUGAGUGACUCUGAAGUUGUCAAUGACUUCUGGUCAAGUUUCAAGUUUUGUUUGAUUUGUGUCAGGUUGUAACUUUUGAAUAAAACAGAAACUCAGUGACUUUUUCCUCUAAUGUUUUUGCACUUCAGGCGUGAUCACUCUUAAGUUGACACUCCGUGGUCACGUUAGCAGUAUGUUUAUGUCCCCUUAACUGUCGAAACACACAGACGAGUGAGAAGUGAGAAAGUUUUUUCAGUGGGUGUUUGGGGCCCUCUCAGUUUACUGUCAUGUGAUGUGCAGAUAUACUGUGCAUGCAAAGUGGACAGUCCUCUGUUCCCAGUUCUCUGUCAGUUAUUCAGUAUUUGACAGAAAUAAGAAAAGUUGGAGAAGUUUUCUUUGCCUCAAACUGUCCCAAAUGUUGGCCUCUCUGUUUCUGUUAGGGCUGGACGAUAAACCGAAAAUUUACUAGUACCGAAAUUUACAACAAUAACCAAGGUCAUUCUGCCCAUGUCAAUAUAAUAGGUGUCAAAUAAAUGAAUAAAUAAGAAAAAGGUUUUGGACGUGUGUAGGUAGGCUACCCACUGAGCAAUAGACGGCUAUUCGACGUCUAGUAUUUUUUUUAAGACCUAAUUUCAACCGUCUAGAUUCUGUUUAUUUUUAGACAGAAUUUAGACGUUGCAGUUUAACACAUUAUUCGAUAACUAUUUAUUUAAAAAAGCAACUGUGAGUUGCAUAACUGAUCUCCAAGUACUUAACAAAAAUAAUUAUGAUAGCCAAUGAGCAAUUAUCAGUGUAGUGAUAUAGCCCAGAUUUAAAACUUUCAUUUUUAGACCUGUGGUAGCCUGAUUUAAGACCACUCGUCUAGGCUACAUUUAGACGUCUAUUAGACCUCUUUAAGACCAAAAAAUGCUCAGUGGGUAUGUUCUCAUGUCCCUUUAAGACGCUGUCCUACUUAGUAGAUGUGACUCCACCCCAUCCAGUCCGUAACAAAGAGGGAAAGACAGGUGAGGAGAUGGAGGACGGUUCAAAAGUUGUAGCGGCUGAAGUAGACGAAGUUAAUGAGGGAGGGGUUGAGCAGCUUGUGGAGUAGUUAUCAUCCGCCUAUUGUUAUCGAGGUGAACUUCUCAAUAUAUCAUAAUAUUGAUUUAAGGCCAUAUCACCCAGCCCUAGUCUCUGUGAUGGCCAUCUGACAUACACCCAUAUUCCUGGUUUCCUAGGUGACAGUCUAGUUCAUGAUUAGCUGGCUGGAGCAGCAACACAAGCACCUUGUCAAACAGUACAGGCUGGAGCAGCCUUUGAAGCACUGAAUAAACACUCCAGUACACUGAGAAAGACCAACAACACUUUAGUCCCCGGGCACUACAUCAGCCUAACAUUAAAUCAAUAGCAAAGAGUUCAUUCAUCAGUAGCAGCACCUCAUGGUUUUGUCUGCUACCUGCACAUUCAUUAACUCUUCCCUGACAACAGCUCUCCUGUGAAUUCCUCGGAGUAUUUCAAAUGAUUGAAAGCCAAAGAAGACCGAAGACUGUCCUCCUCAUGUUUAUUGCACUGUGGCAGCGAGCCAGCCUGCGUCAUUGUUGUGGAAAGCCCCGGGCUAAAGCAGGGGGGAAAUGUGUGUUUACAGAUGAAACCUGGUAAAUGUGUACAUACUCUCAGCUGUGCUUUUGUAGGUUUCAUUUGAGAGAUCAGAUCAGAAUAAAUGUCACUUAAACCGAGGACUUUAGGUGAGGAAUCAGGUCGAAUAAAGAUCCCAGUAAAACCAUCACCACUGUGUUGUAGGAGCGGAUCCAUUAUCAAGUGUUUGUGGAGCAUCUCUAAAGUCAAAUUAAAAGCAGAAGUGUGUUUGAAAUGCUCAAUAAUUUUUAAUCUAAAUUGAGCAGUAAUAAAGACCUGGAUUAAGUUUUGUUUCAGUGCAGCUCUCUUCUGUAACAGCAGAGUGGGUGUUUAUGAAUUGAUCCUUAGAGCUCUAAUUAUGAGAGAAAAUGACUUUGUCACGUUUGAUUAGUUGGGAGUCUAGUUGGAGGCGUGAAAUCCCCCCGUGUCUAUCAAUUUAACGGAUGCCACGCUGCAAGAAAAUGGACCUUCAGUGUAAUGAAUCAUUGAGCAUCCUCACUUUCUCCCCCUCUUUCUGCCUUUAUAUCUCUGUUGAACCCUUUUUUGGACUUCCUGUCUUUUCAUCUCUUUAUGCCCGUGAUUCUGGCGCUGAUGUUUCUCUUCCUGUUGUGCGUCUGUCUCUCUGUAGGGACUUUCUUCCACGUGGGAACGGCAUUGUUACCCGCAGACCUCUCAUUUUGCAGCUGGUCAACAAUAAAGCAGGUGAGUGUCCUCAUUCGGUGCACAGCCACCUCACUGUCCCCUUUCAUUGCUGCUCUGCAAAUGGCCUCCAUGUCCCGGUGCCUCCAGCUAAGUUCACCGCCUGUAACCUUCAUCUUUUAUAAUUCGAUUUCCCUUUCAUGUCAUUCCUCCCUGAUCUUUCGGUUUCUUUGUCCUCACGUCUCCCUCCACCCUUCCCCCGGUGUUUGUGACUUUGUCCCUUUUGUACAGAGUAUGCUGAAUUUCUGCACUGCAAAGGGAAGAAGUUUGUGGACUUCGAUGAGGUGCGAGCAGAAAUUGAAGCAGAGACCGACAGGAUAACGGGCUCCAACAAAGGCAUCUCCCCCAUCCCCAUUAAUCUGAGGGUCUACUCCCCACACGGUAAAGGACACAAGUCUUGUAAUGAGUCAAACAUCAUGUGAAUAUUAGGGCUGUCCCGAUACAAUAUUGAUAUCGGAUAUCGGUCCGAUAUCAAACAAAAAACAAAGAUCGGAUUAUAUCGGCCUGCAUCUAAAUAUCAAAAAGACACUCCGAUACAAGCAGUCUAUUCCAGACUCCGCUCCAGCACUUCUAUCUAGCAGCGCCCAGAUCCAGCAUGCAGAGCCCACAUGACCACAACAACAGUGUGUACUAAGGUACAAACAAAGCAGCAAGGAGUAGGAGUGAUGUCGGCCGUGUAGCAGUAUUUUUCAUUAAAGUCCAGAAAAGACAUCGCAGCUGCGUGCAAAACUUGUCAUGCACAAGUUUGUGCCAAUAUCAGAUCAAUAUCGGUAUUGGCCGAUACUGAAGGCUACAAUACUAGUAUUGUAUUGAAAGUAAAAAAGUUGUAUUGGGACACCCCUAAAGAAUAUGCUUUGUGAUGUAAAUAUGCAUGUUGAAUAAGACAUUUUCAACCAUCAAGUGUUUUCUGAUACUCUUUGUGAUUUUGUGUUUUUCCUUCUAAUAUACCGGAUUGUUUUUAGCCACCACAUAAAGUUUGAACCAUUAUGGUAAAAUAUUUCAAUGUGUCUGGAAUUUACUUGACUUUAAAAGUUAUGAAAAAUAUAAUAAAUAUAUUGUAAAUGUUUCCUCUGACAUGAGGAAAGAUUUUAUCAGUUUGUUUUCCAGACCUUGAGAGACAGUGUUGCUGUUUCAGCCAGUGUGGUUUUGUAAAACAUUAAAACGUUGUGAGGCGCCUGAUGCUCCAGUAAAGAGCUUUUUGGUGGUUAUGAAACAGACACAAAUCAAUACAAAAGCCUUUAUAUGAGCUUCAAAAGUAAACAAGAUUAUAAGCACCAUGUUUGGCGAUUUCUCUAAAGGAAUAUUUUGCCUUUUUUAAAAAAUAUAUCUCAAAGAUUGCCCAUGAGUUGCAUGUUCGACAUCUCAUGAAAAGACAGAUUAGAUUUUUUUAUCACAAAACAGCAUGGAGACAAAUUGCUUGCUUUGUCCUCCAGGGGUGCAUAAACUCAACACAUACAAAAAGCCCCUCACAGGAGCUUUAAAAAUAAACAGUUUUUGCAGCACCAUGGAUUGGCUGUCACAAACAUAUAUUCACCCCUCAUGAGAUCGGCCUCACAAGGUUCCCAGAAUGCAGCAAAUUUUUCACUCUCGUGUUUAUUUCCUCUGAGUAAAUGUCACAUUUUCAAUCAAUAAAACAAAGUGGUUUUGUUUCUGUGAAGUAAACAACAAUUAUGACUCGGUUUCCCAACAGAGAAGUCAAACUACCCAAGUGUCUCAUACACAAGACGAAAGCUUUUUCUGACAUACAGGCAUAGAUUAGUAAACUCAGAGAGAUUUUUCUUUUAGGAUCCGAUACUGCCUCUAAGACCAGAAAGGAAAAGAAAUUGAAAGGGUGCAUUAAGGUCACAAUGCUAUAUUUAUCUUUAACUUUCAUUUCAGUAUUUCCCACAUAAUGACACCUGAGAUAUUGGAGCUUACAUCACACACCAUAAUAACAAUUUUCCUCUCUCACACACGGCAGUGGGCCCUUUCCCCUGGGAAUUUUACAAAGACGCCCAAACAGCAAAUCUUUCAUUUUGACAUGUUAUGUCACAGCAAAGAUCCGGAAGUGAGUUGAUGCGCAACCAGGUGCACAUCACUUUUAAAACUGCGGUUUAUUUUUAAUAUGAGAUGUGGACUCGAUCCCUGCUGUAACAAGAGGGACCUGUUCCUCUUUGAUCACCUGCAGAGCAUGUGUCAGGGUUACCGCAGGUUACCAGACAUAAAAGGCAGAAGUCAAUGAGCGAUCAUCUAAUUAAUUUAGAUGACAGUCUUAUACAGAUAAAAAGCAACAUAGAAAUUGUGGUGAUGAAAUAGAAGCCACUCUUAUACACUUUACAUCUGUUUCUAAUCACUAUGAUUUCUAUCUAUGUUACUUAGUACUGAACCUGACCCUGAUCGACCUCCCGGGGAUGACCAAGGUCGCUGUCGGGGACCAGCCUGUAGACAUUGAGCACCAGAUCAGGGACAUGCUCAUGCAGUUCAUCACCAAGGAAAGCUGCCUGAUCCUGGCCGUCACCCCUGCAAACACUGACCUGGCCAACUCAGACGCUCUGAAGAUUGCCAAGGAGGUGGACCCACAGGGUGAGCAUGAAGCUGUCUAAUAACACAGGACUCCUCCACUAAUAUUUUGAUAGUGUCAUUUUGUUUGGGAGGGAGUGUUGGACUGAUCUGGUCAUACUUUCUAACUCUUGUACAGGUUUGCGCACCAUUGGUGUUAUAACAAAACUGGACUUGAUGGAUGAGGGGACUGAUGCGAAGGAUAUCCUGGAGAAUAAACUGUUGCCACUGCGUAGAGGUGAGGAUUUUUACACUAACACUUCCGGCUUUAUGACUGACUUGAGAAGAGUGACUGAUUUCGUUGGUGUUCUCAGGCUACAUCGGUGUGGUGAACCGAAGUCAGAAAGACAUCGACGGGAGGAAGGACAUUCGCGCUGCUCUGGCUGCAGAGAGGAAGUUCUUUCUGUCCCAUCCUGCCUAUAGACAUAUAGCAGAGCGAAUGGGCACACCGCAUCUACAAAAGACACUCAACCAGGUCUGCUAUCAACUUCUGUUUUAUAUUAGGAAACGUCAUUCUCUUCCUACUAUGCCAUGAUUGAAAUAACUCAACUUUCUCCGCGUUUGUCUUCAGCAAUUGACCAACCACAUCAGGGACACCCUUCCCGGUCUGCGCAGUAAGCUGCAGAGUCAGCUCCUCUCUCUGGAGAAGGAGGUGGAGGAGUACAAGAACUUCCGUCCAGAUGAUCCAACACGCAAGACCAAGGCCCUGCUGCAGUGAGUGUCAAGGGAUAUUUAAGUUCAGAACAACUCGGCUUGAGGGGAUGUAAAUGUGAGGACAUGUCGGAUACCUGCUGCAUUAAGAGGACUGCGUCUGAGAGUAGAUGAUUGCAAGUUCUAGUUUAAUAGUACUCUGAGUAAAGAUAGAUAAUAGUUCUGAUACUACCACAUUUAAUGAUGAGUAGGUAGCCGUUAAAGAGGCUAAUGUAUAUAAUUGUUUAAGGUGAAGAGGUCAGACUCGUCUCACUUUCGCUGUGGUUGAGUGCAGAGAGGAGGCUGCAGCCCAUCAGCUGUUCUAGGAUGAUCAGAGCACAGCUGAGAUAAUUUGAUCUGACGUCCGUCAUUGUCCGCUGCGAUCAGCGUUUACUGUCUGCCCACAGUGAUAAAUAAUGUAACCACCUUUGGUCCACCACUCUGAAGCUGUAUCUCGCAUCCUCUUUCUCUCUCCUGCAUAGUGCAAAAAGGUGUUGCCAUGGUUACAGGCACGUCUCCGCGUCCAAUACCUCAACCCUCUUGUGACCACCCAAUUCAUGGAAAUCAAGCUUUGUUUAAAAGAAAGAGUAGAUAUCCUCUCCAUUGUGCUGGAUGUCAUUUCGGGUCACAGGAAUUAAUCACAGUCCGAACUUUAAUUAAGUUUUGAAGUUUUGCUCUUUCUUGUAAAUGCACAAAAUGAAAUGAGUAAUUUUAGUCAUAUUUAACAAAGUUAGACUAACUACACUGCAAAUUGGCUCCUUGUUCGCAGCCUCCAGGUACAGAAACAGAGCUUUGGUUUGUGGGUCUAUAUUUUAACAAAAUUGCAGAUAUCAAAACAAUCCAUCAUAAACUGCCGCCGUCAGUGACAUCAUGUUUACUUUGUGCACGUCAGGAUGGUGCAGCAGUUCGGCGUGGACUUUGAGAAGUGCAUCGAGGGCUCAGGGGACCAGGUGGACACUAAUGAGCUGUCAGGCGGCGCCAAAAUCAACCGCAUCUUCCACGAACGGUUCCCUUUUGAACUCGUCAAGGUAAGUGGGCCAUGAGGAGGCUUAAUUUCCUCUACGCUGAAAGGUUGCGUUUAAAAGUUUGGCAACCGGAUUCAUCUGCAUCUGUUUGAAAGUGUUAUUGAUUUUUAUUUUGUUGUUGUUGAGAAUGACUUUUGUCUCCUUCUGUACCACAGAUUGUGUUUGAUGAGAAGGACCUGAGGCGAGAAAUCAGUCAUGCUAUCAAGAACGUCCACGGUGUCAGGCAAGUGGAGCUGAAACGAAAAGCUCACCUUACUUUCUUACCAGACACCCUCCUCCCGCAAUUAGACUCACGCUGCACUUUUCUUUAAGUCAGAUAUGAGCCGACUCACACAUUUGUCCUUUCUGACUUUUACCAAAACUGUCACUCUUCUCAAACUUGUAUUUUACAACAGACUUAGAGCGAUUCUCCACAGAGGGAUAUUCAGAAAAGUGUUUGUAAUUGUGCUGUUUUUCUUCCAUUCUAUGUUCCCUGCUGUCCAAAGAGAAUCCCCCUAUCUCGUCCAUGCAACACCAUCUCUGUGUCCUUCAGCUCAAACAUUCAAGAAUUACAAAGUUUAGAGUCAAAUGCAUCUUUGUCUUUCGUCUUCUUUCCUGAUUCUCUUCCGUGUGUAACUCUGUGCUCUUACCUGGCCUUCCUUGUAGGGCUGGGUGAUGCGGCCUCAAAUCAAUAUCGCGAUAUAUUGAGCAAUUCACCUCGAUGACGAUAAAUGGACAAUAACUACUCCACAAGCUGCUCACUCCCUCCCACAUUAACUUCAUCAACUUUAGCUACUACAACUUUUGAACUGUCCUCCAUCUCCUCAUCUGUCUUUCCCUUUUUGUUAUGGACUGGAUGGGGUGGAGUCACGUCUCUGACGUAGAACAGCAUCUUAAAGGGACAUGAGACCAUAGCCUACCUACACACAUCCAAAACCAACCUUUAUUUAUUUAUUUUUUUGACACAGAAUAUACUGAUAUGGGCAAAAUGAUAUCGGUUAUUGUCGUAAAUUUCAGUAUCAGUAAAUUUUGGGUUUAUCUCCCAGCCCUACAAGACAAUUAAGGUAAAGUUUAAUGUUGACUGUGUCUGUUUAAACUAGCAUACAACCACUUUACAGUCUUGUUGAAACCGUAGAGACAAGAUCAGACAUCAAAAAGACAUUGUUAUUGUCGUAAAUUUCGAUAUCAGUACUUUUUCGGUUUAUCGCCCAGCCCUACUUCCUCGGCACUAUCUUUCCUCUGUCUUUCUCCUUGUCUCAGAUCAUUUCAGUCAGCUGUUUGUCUCUUGUGUACCUCCUUACCUGUCUUUCCAUCCGUUAUUACCCUACAUGUGUGUGUUAACCGUCCCAUCUGUCUGCCGCUGUGCCUCUUGUCUCUCUGUGCAUCCUCAGAACGGGGCUGUUCACUCCAGACCUGGCGUUUGAGGCCAUCGUGAAAAAGCAGAUCGUUAAGCUGAAAACGCCCUGUCUCAAAUGUAUCGAUCUGGUCAUUCAGGAGCUCAUCAACACAGUCAGGCAGUGCUCCAACAAGGUACUGCAGGUGUCCAGCAUCUCCCGACCCAGCCGAGACACGGGGCAGGGGCGAGAAUGGGUAUGGCAGAGGGUACGCUGGCACGGAGAACUAGCCUGGAACAUUUAGAGAAGUCUCAACCGGUCAGUUUAGAUCUUUUAUGGUUAAAAAAAAGGGAUGUUCCGUGCAGUUUGCCCUCAGCCCAGCCCAGCCCUCUUAGCCCUGUGUGCAGGCGGUGCUGUCGUAUUGUGGAGUUGUGAUGGGUGACGUGUCGCCGCAGAUUUCUGAGAUGUUUCACGGACUGUCUGAGCAUCUCUGGUUUCUCACAGGCAAGCUGCAGGUCUCACAGCUAAGUAUUCAGACAAUCGAAAUUGGGUUGCUGUAAUUUGGCUUAAAGGGGAGGGGGGGACUUCCACAUUGAGGCUGUGAAAAACCUGAGGCUUGUCGUUCUUACUGCUUGAUUUGUCUGUCAACAGCUAGAAAUGACUAACUGAAAAAAGGCUUUUCUUUUCUCUCUUUUCAUUUCUUCUUCUCUCUCUUUCCCGGCUGUCUGCUUUUGUUCCUCUAUCCUAAUUUUCUAUCUAUCCCUUUUCUCUCUUUUGUUUCUCUCUUCUCUGUCACCAACACAAAAUGCAAACUGACCCCCAUGACCUUUUAGGACGGGGCUCUUCACCCCUGACCUGGCUUUCGAGGCAAUAGUCAAAAAGCAGAUCCUCAAACUCAAAGAACCCAGCCUCAAAUGUGUGGACCUUGUGGUGUCUGAGCUCACCGCACUCGUCAUGAAGUGUGCCGUAAAGGUAACCAGGGACACAACUGCUGGGGCGAUGGCAUGAAAAGAGAAAGGGGUUCCUCUUUCUUUUUUUUUUUUUUAAAUGUCUAUCUCUGACAUCUCAGUUAAAAGUGUCACACAGUGAAACCUCUCACCCACUUUGCCCACCCCCAUCCUUGCCCCCACAUAACCAUCCCCGGUAAGAAUACUGUCCCAUCCCAUUCAUAUCAUUCAGAUUGAGCACUGACUUGCAACCAACAGAUGAAAUUGCAAGCGCAGUUUAAGAUGUCCACCACCCGGCUCUCACCAGCUGUUUGACCUCAGCACCAGCUCGUUUAAAUAUUGAAAUUUCACCUUCUCUCCCCCCUGCCCCAAAACCGGGUCUGGAUUUGUCAGUCCGUGCAGAGCAGAGUCCAAAUCCCCUCCUUUGCUGCCCCACAUGGCAAACUGAUAACCUGCUGAGCUGGAUGGACUCCAGAUGACGUCAUGGGGAGAGAUGGUAGUAAUAACCCCCGCGGGUGUUGUGGGUGCAAAGACAGCUUGAGUCGAGUGUUCCCAUAGCAACGUUGCUCCAGUGCCAUCUUGUGGAAAGGGGAAGGCCCUGCACACCGUGAAAUCAUUCGACAUGCCCGCUGAAACCCCCCCGGCCAUCACUCCUCUUGGUCUCUCAGGCCUCCCUCUGCCUCUCCUCAUUCUGUCACUCUCCCUAACCCUCAUCAAGCCUUCCCUAUUAUUAAAAGCCAGAGAUGACUCUUUCAAAUGUCUGACAUGCCCUGAAAUUUGGAAGUCGCUCACCAGAGUAAAACAUUUGUUCGUCGAUACUCCAUAAAUGCUUUGCAUGACGAAGGCUAUCACAAGCUUUCAGCGUCGCCUCAUUGGUGUUUCACUCAUGCAGCCAUCUCUGGCUCGUAGUAAUAAUCUCUUUAGUAUUCUAAGUUUGUUUGUAUGAAUGUGUUCUUCUCUGAUUGUUUGGACACGUGUGGCACUAAAAUGUCCCUUGACUUUCUCUUUCCGUUUUCUUUGUUCUUGACUUACUCUCACUUUUCACUCCUGUUACUCUCUGAUACUUGUUGGUAAGUCUGACCAAGCUCAAGCUCACAUGUCAGUGUGUGACCGUGUGUCGCCGUUCAGUGCUGCAGUAUUCUUUUGUGUUGCCUUUCAGCUCAGUUCUUACCCCAGACUGCGAGAGGAGACGGAGAGGAUCGUCACCACCUACGUCAGAGAGAGAGAAGGGAAGACCAAGGACCAGGUGAGAUGUUGAGAUUUUAAUUAAGACGACUACUGACGCUCUCUUGGCGUUGCUUGAUCUACCAUCCGGGACCACAAAACUUUCUCAGUGAUUAGCUGGAGUCAAUAUGUGCCGGUGGAUAAUUCUGACUGUAAAGAUGAGCAAUAAAGGCUGAUUUAUGCUCAAUGUUAGAUUCUUUUGUCCGUAUUUCUGCAUGUAUCCUUGAAGUUUAUGGAUACGGGCCAGAUGGAGCAGAACCAGUGGAAACCGUGGUGGCAGUGUUGCUCUCUAGAGAGAAACAAAAAAGACAAUGGCGUCAAUUUCUCUCAUCAGUACUAGUAGAGAGAAGAAUUCGAAUUCAAUGCAAGGCAUGUAGUGGCCUGACCGACCACCGCCUCCUCCAUUGCUGCCUCCGUUUCUGUCUCCUAUGCAAAAUACACAUUAUCACUAGCUCCUCCACAGUCGCCGUGUUUCUUUUUGUUUGUUGUCGUCAGAAACUUUUGACUCUUACCUGCCCCCUGGUGGAUGUAAUGGUUAACAUCCACGCCAACGUAAAGGACACAUGGAAGUAUCUGGGCGGCGACGGAACCAUCGUUUGCAAAGGACGCGUACAUUUUCAUGAGCAUGGCGAGCAUAAAUGAGCUUUUAGGUGGAAAUAACGACCAAAACAGAAGUCUCAUUGCAAGAUUUUACAGUUCAUCGUACACUUAAUGAAAUGAAACAAACUGAAACAGCAGUACAGCUUUAUAGACCUUCAUAUUUGCACAGCAUUCUUACUACCAUAUUUUUACAGGUAUAUAUGAAUCUAGUUUUAGGUGUCAGUAUCUCUGUAAGGGUUGUUUUUGUCCACACACUUCCUUUUUCCGACCUCUCCAACCUCAUCACGCUUUUCUGCCUCUCAUUAAGGUUCUGCUGCUGAUUGACAUUGAACUGUCCUACAUCAACACCAACCACGAGGACUUCAUAGGCUUCGCUAAGUACGUACUCCUCCUCCUCCUCCUCUCUCCAGCCUUUUUCUAACCAAAUGCAAGCUUUAGCUCUCGAGCCCUGUCUCACCACGGGCAGUACCAUCGUGACUUCCUCCAUGUUGCUUGUUGUCUGAGGGAAAACACCUGUUUCCAUUCGACAAAAGACCUGCACUCCUGUAGUACAAGUGGAACCAAUCUGCCAUUAGAGAAAUCUGACAGAAUCAGCGCCACCUUAAUGCUACUGUGUUAGAGUGUUGCUUCUAAUGAGCCACAUGUUGUGGGCUGUGGUGCAUCAGUGUGAUGUGGCAUGCCAAUUAGUGAUCCAGCCACAUCAGAGCAUGUGUGUCCCUGUAGGCGAGGUGGAUCGCACAAUGAUCAAGGUUGCACUUGUUACCCACCCCCCACUACUCCCCGCUUGCAACAUUACCCCCCCCCCUCCCCCAAACCAAACCAAUCAAGCGUGCUUGAUUGGCUGACGGAUGAACUUGUUGACUUUGGGAUGUCACUAGAGAAUGCUCAGUGUACCAACAGAUGAAGAGAUGUUAAUGUUUUCCUGCAAACUGUGGCGCACCGAAAACUCAUUUCCGCACUGACAGGCAUUAUAUUUCUGGGUGUGUGUUUCGAAGCACUUUAGAGGUUAUGGUUUGAAUCACAUGCCUCUUAGUGUAGCGCUCACUGUAACAUGUAGUCAAGGGGAGUUCCCCUCCUCUGCGUGGGUUGUUGUGCUACUGAUUAACAAAGCAAGCCUACCCCCCCUCCACAUGUGUUUGUGUCUCUCAGUGCGUGUGAGGGUUUACUGCCUAGCCUCUGCAUGGCGAGUAGAUUGGUGUAAUGUGUCAGAGGGGUAAGCGAGGGCUGUUUAAUGGUUCUCAUGACGUCAUUUUCAGUCUUGACUACAGAAGGCUGGAUGAUGGUAGCUCCCCAGGGUACAGCAACAACAGGUGGGCUAAAAGAAAGGAUGUAGGAUUGUGUGCGUGUGUGUGUGUGUGUGUAUGGUGUGUGUUUGAGUAAGAGUUAAACCCACCAUGUCAUCCAAAAUCCUCAAAAAAACUCCCAUCCAGCGUCAUGUGUGUGUAGUAGUCUAGUUUCAGAGAUGACAUCAGAAAUUGUGUUUGUUAUUAUAAAGUUGUUGUGUUCUAUCAAAUCUAAUAAAAGAGAAAAAUCAACAACAGCAGCAGCAGCAGCAGCAUUACACUGACCAGAGAACAGGCCAUCGAUUUGCUCUCUAAUUCUCUGACUUGCAAUAGGCCAGUACACAUAAAACGAUAUUGGUAGAGCGCCACAAACGACCAUAAUACUCCAUAAUUUCUAAGUUUGUGCAAAGAAAACAUCCAUACUCAACCCUUCAAAGCAAUUUUCUUUCACCAGUCAAAACUUUUCUUCUACUUCUUCUCUUUAAAAAAAAAAAUCAAAAUAGAUAUCUUAGAAAUGAGACUGUGGAAGACAGAAACCUUUUCUAGUCUGUUCUUGAUGUUCCUGCGAGCUAGUUAUGAAUCACACCAAAAUGAGUACUGACGUCUCGGUUUGACACACUAAAAGCAAACAAGCCCAUCAGCAUAAAUCCUGUAAAUGAUGCCGCUCGGUUUGCGACACGCGAGGCCGUCUCAACAUCCUGCCGAUAUAACUAUUUCUUCCAUUUCCUGAGUUACAGACUCAUGAUCAUUUAUCUUUUUGUGUAAUGAGAUCGUCAUGUCAGAAAUCUUCACGUACACACAGUUGUGUGCAUGAAGGGGGUUGCAUGUCUUCACCUCUUCACCCUUGUUAGUCAGUUAAAAAUGUAUUCUUGUUUUUGUAUUUUGGGCCUAAAAUGCUGAUCAGUUUUCAUGUUAGCUCUCCACUGUUUGCUGUGUUUUAUUUAUUACUGCCACAACCCUGUAAAGCUGCACUCAGACGUAAACAAGCAUAGACAAUAGUUGCGUCUGGUAGCAUGGCGUAGUUGAGCAGCAUUUUGAUCGAGACAGUAGGGCUGGGCGAUAUGGCAUCAAAUCAAUAUCACGAUAUAUUUAGCAGUUCACCUUAACGACGAUAAAUGAAAACAACUUUUGAACCGUCCUCCAUCUCCUCACCUGUCUUCAGAUUCAGACAACUUUAUUAAUCCCUGAAGGGCAAUUCACUUCACCGUAACCCGCCUUGUUAUUAAACGAUCAAGGAACAGACAAACGCCAGACAUUCACAGCAGCAUAUGGCCCAAACAGUCCCCUGUCAGCACCACAAAUCAGCAAUAAAUAGAUAACUAUAAUAAAUACUAUGAUAAUAAUUAAAUGUGCAAUAUGUUAAAAAGUGGAAUGACUAAAAUGCAAUAAGAAUAAUGAGAUAAAAGGAGUAAAAUAAGAACGAAAACAAUCCUGAGACCCCAAUUCUCAGCAUUGUACUACUACUUCUCAGCAUUUUGCAGCCUGAUCGCUGAGGGGGUAAAUAAGUUGGAAUACCUAUUUGUGUUUCUUAGGGGAGCAUAGUAGCGCCUCCUGGAGGGCAUAAGAGAAAAAUCAGAGAAAAGGAUCCAUCCAGGCUGAUCCAUGAGUCUUUUCCUCUUUGUUACGGACUGGAUGGGGUGGAGUCACGUCUCUAACAGGGUCUUAAAGGGACAUGAGAUCAUAGCCUACCUACACACAUCCAAAACCAACCUUUAUUUAUUUACUGUUCGACACCGAAUAUACCAACAUGGGCAAAAUGACGUUGGUUAUUGUCGUAAAUUUCGGUAACGGUAAAUUUUCGGUUUAUCACCCAGCUCUACAAGACAAAUAAGGUCAAGUUUCAUGUUGACUGUGUCUCGUUAAAAUAGCAUACAACCACUUUACAGUCUCGUUGAAACCAUAGAGGCAAGAUCACACACAGAAAAGAUAUACGAUUAGAAUUAAAUAGUAUAUAAUUAGACACUUUUUUUGUAUAUUUUUGAUUUAAUCUUAAAUAAAUUGAAUAAGUUGACAUCAGUAUUUAUUGUCUUCUCUGUCCAUUUUUGUUCAAUGACAGCGCCCAGCAGAGGAACACGGCUGCAAACAAGAAGAGGGCCAUACCCAACCAGGUAUGUUCCACUUUCAGCUCCAUUAGUAUUAGAAUUCCUACCACCCUGACUGUUAACCUCCAUUACUAGUCUAAUAAUCAACAUGUGAAAACACCUCCCCAUGAUUUAUCCCAUAGCCAUUAAUCUGUAUCUACAUAUGUAACUGUUAACAAUACCACCACUGUGCAUCAUUUUCAACUACCCACUGUUCUUAUUGUGAACUUGGUGGUCUGUGUCCAUAAUGCUAUAAAGUCGGUCCUCCUUCAACUGCUGAUCAGGUUUAGAGAUCGCAGUCCCAGUGAAGUGAGUUUUGUCCCAGUGAACCCCUAAAUAAUCCCUGCUUCCCCUGCUUUCCUCAAACAUGGCUUUUAUUAAUAGCUGUUUGCAUGUGACCCAGGCAUGCCGUUCACCACGAAAGCAACAAUAAAUCACAGGACUUUGUUGGUUGUUUUGUUGCGUUCCCAUUAACUCACAUGCAUUUUUUUUUUUUGUAUUGUAAUUCAGAUUGUGCAUGGAUCUCGCACCUGUCAACCGAGCUACAAAUAUGACAUAACCAGAUUUUGAGAUUCUUGAUGUAAUUCUAAUUGCAUGUAACUCUCUUGCUCUGUCUCUCUCUCUCUCUCUCUCUCUCUCUCUCUCUCUCUGUGUGUGUCUCUCUCUCUUUUUCUUUGUAUUCUCCUCUCUCUUUCUCUGGUUGUCUCAUGGAUUCUCGCUCUCUGUUUCUUCCUGUUUUUGCUUCCUUGGAAACUUCUCACCUCCUCAACCCUUUCCAUCUUUUUCUCCAACUGUCCAUCUCUCCUCUUCCUUUAUUCUGCAAUCCUUUUCUCCCCCCCUUUGACUCUCCCCUUAAUACCCUCCCCUACACCCCUCCUCUUACCUCUGGUUUGUUCCUCAUCUCCGCUGGCUUGCUUUCUCAUUCUGGCUUUGAUUUUAAACUGUCCCCCCCUUUUGCUUUAAUUUCCCCCUCCCCAUCCUAAUACUGCAGGGUGAGAUUCUGGUAAGUACCGCACAGAUUUAAACCGCGCCCUGCCAGAGGGGCAGCAGGGGUAGACCAUGCAGAAGAACUGAGGCCAGCCCACACAGGUCAGCUUUUAAGAUCAGGGUGGAAAAGACGAACUGCCGCGUGAUAACCGGAUAAACAGUUUCCUGCGCAUACAGGAGUUGAUGUUUAUCACAGUAUUAAGUUGUUUUACCCCUCUGCAGCUCGGCGCACUUGGAGAGGUCCUCGAGGAAAAGGUAGAGUCUCAAAACUGAUGAAAGGAUUAUUAAAGCAUUAGCAAACAGUUACCAGUAAUUUGGAACUGCUGCUAAAAUAACAAACAGCCGGUUUGCUCUUGUAAUUUGGUCUCAUUGAAUAAGACUGUAAUUGUCUUUAACCGUGCACAUUUGGGGCGCUACUAACAUUCAACUCUACAUCCUCUGAAUAUUUUAAAUGUUCAAAAAGAAACUCUUUUUCCCCCUGCAAAAGACGGUGGCUCUUUGUUACACCGUAUGUCGUAGAGCGCCGCACAGAAAGAAAAGGAAACUCUCCCUCCGCUGACUGUGGACGCCGUCAGUUCUCAUGUCUCCAGGUUUAUACCUCUGCUGCUGCCUCGCGCACGGUGACUCAAAAGUUUGCCUUGUGAGAAUCAUCCAGAAAGUCAUCGGGGGACAAAAACAGGGAGAGAGGGGUGGGAGCGAGAAAAUCAGUGACACGCAUUCAAGUGUUUUUUUAAGGAUUCUUCUGUAAUUUUCUCUACAUUCAUUCUAGUGAAAAUAUCUCCUGCAUGUCGGAUACUUCUCUGUUUAAAUUCUUUUUAGUAAACCCAGAUUUACUUCUUUGCAAAAACACAUGAAUCUAUCUCCAAAUGAUUUUUCCUCUCCAGAGCCAAUCAAAAUGUUCAUGUUUCCGAUGGUGGCUGGUCAUGGCUUUGGGAUGUACUUCAAUGAUUAAAUCCAAAUUUAUCAUUUUUGUCUAUUUAAACUGUUUAUUUUUACAAUUAUUUUUUCAAAUUGGCAUGUUUCAAUCAUUUAAUUUAGUUUCUGUAAAUCAAAAAAGAAAAUUACAAAAUUAAAGACCGUUCACUUUUACUCUGAAAAGGUGUAGAAACAAAAGCAUCUUACCUGUAACACUAAUGACUAAUUUUUGACUCUUUCUUGAUAUAAACAUGUCGGUGUUUUCCAGCUGACUCUAAUAUAGAUUAAAUCGGGGGUUUCCUUUGUUCCGAAGAGUUACAGCUAUCUCCUCGCCAAGGCAAACUACCACUUUAGCUCCUAUGUAAUUGCCUCCUCUUCCAUGUUUAUGUUGGCGCUUUUGAGCUAAUAAAGUUUUUUUUUAAUUUUGUUUUUCAUAACUCACUCCAGUCUCUUACUGGAUGGAGAGAGAGUGCAGGAGAGAGUUUUUUUCUUCCCCCCUCAGGCUUAGUUAAUACAGCAGCUCACUUUUCAUUAGUCCUAUGUGGAAACUGUGGGGUGACCUUGCAACAAAGAAGCCUCCUUAAAAAAUGCAUGGUGCAAACUCCACUGAGUGAUUUACUCGACUCAGCCUCUCAGUCUGACGUGCUUUCUCCCUCUCCAUCUUUAGGUAGAUUUUCCCCUUUUGUUGUUUAGAUGUAGCUCUAACAAUCUCACUAACUUCCCUCGGCGCCAAGCUUCUCCAUCGCAGCUCUUCUCUCCUCUUUUGUCUUUUGCAUUUACUUCUCCCCUUCUUCUCCCUAACCAGGUUUUAACCCUCGACUUGUGUAUUUUAUUCUAGUUAAUUCAACUAACUGCUUUUUUAAUCAGCGAAUAUGUAGGCUAGAUUGUACUGACCCACUGACACUAACAUACCACCGCCGACCUGGUCUUUGACCCCUUAGAGCGAUGGUCUGGACGCCAUCUGGACCUGUUUGUUGGUUUAAGAGUGUCUUUUUUUGUCGAGUGAAAAAAGGACUUUAUCACAAUUUCAGUAUUUUCAACUAAACUCUCUGAUGCUUUUGUGUACACUUUAAGCACACAGUGUGCUGAACUGAUUGUGUAUAUUUUUCAGUCAUUUUCAAAUUUAGUCUAUGCUGCUGUGUUUUUAGUGCAUAUUUAAAAACUGUAAGAGCCAAGGACACAAAUAAAUUAAGGUAAAAGACAAGCAAAGUUACAGUAACCUAGCAGGUAAGCACUUCAGAUUUUAUUAGUGUCUUGUACAUCCCAGUAUUAAUCGGCGUAUCUCUUUGUGGGGUCCUCGUGUCGACGGUACGAAGCCUGAUUGAUAAAGCUGUUUUCCUUCAUCCUCCCGGUACCCCUCUCUCCCCUACCACCCUUCUCUUUCUACCGCAUUUCUACCUGCGUAGGUGAUCAGGAAAGGCUGGUUAACCAUCAACAUCAGCAUCAUGAAGGGAGGCUCCAAGGAGUACUGGUUUGUCCUGACUGCUGAGACCCUGUCCUGGUACAAGGAUGAGGAGGUACGUUUCUGGAACGUGAAAGCAUGGUUUGCUCUGCAGGGUGAGACAGGUUUCCGUCACUCUCUGCGUUCGGAGGUGUGUGUGUGUGUGUCCCAGCCCAGCCUAACCAAUGUGCAGACUACUGUUCAGCUGUAGCCUGAUGAACAGGUAGUCUGAACACUGGGCAGGCGGGGGGGUGAGGAGGACUCUGAUGGGAGGAAAGACCAUGAGGUCACUUCUGCUGCAGGUCGCUACCCUAGGACAGAAGGACAAAGGGCACAGAGAGCAAACAUUACCCCAGUGGAACAAUUACACGUAUUAAACACGGAAACAGUUGAAAUAUCAGGUCAGACUAAUGAGACUUAAUAGAUAAAAUGAUACUUUGGACUCCAAUAAACACAGACGUGGUCGGACUGCAUUCCUACAGUAUGUGCACACCCAGCAAACUUUGCUCCACAGUCUAUUUAUUUAUAAAUCUUUACAAAAGCUUCAGCACAAAGGAGCUGCCAGCACACCGUUAGUUAAAGUUUAAAUAAUACAGCUUUAAGUUAAUGAUCUACGAUGACUAUGAGUGCGUUAACUUCAUAAAUAGCGUUGUAAUUACUCACCGCCUGGUCGUCUUCCCAAGGCCUCUGUUGUAUAUGUUCUCCAAGACCCCCGAAAGAUACCAACGCAAUCGCAGCUUAAGACAAAGUCUCGUCCAGCAGCCUCAGUCUGACCAAACACCAGUUAGAAGCGGUGCGUGUCCGUGUCGGUCGUCUUUUUGCGCACAAGCAAGAAGAGACAGAAAGAGAGCGAGCGAGAGAGGAUGGUGGAGGCAAAACUGACGUGGCAGGCGGGCUGAAAUGUUCCAGCCGGGAUCUGACUUUGGAAUUUGCAGGAAAUCGUACUGGGUUACGGGGGCCGGAGGGGGGGUGUGAUUGUGUGUGUACAAGUGUGCAUGUGUUUAGGCGCUUGUCCACGAGUUCUCCACUAAGUUCAAGCAUUGAGGUAAAUGAUCAUAACUGCACCAGCGAACAUUCGUACAGACACCCAGAUCCUGUGCGCUCUCUUCGUCUAUAAUGUUUGUGCUUUAAUGUGUUCGUUUCUGUCUCUGCACGUGCAGUUAAGCAUUGCAACCUGUGCGUGUUUGUGUGUGUGUGUGUGUGUGUGCGCUUGUCUGUUUGCAUAUGUGUGUAUGUGAGUGUGCGGUGGGGGCGGGGGGGGAUUGUGAGUGAUGUAACGGUUGGGCCUGAGCCACUCUCUGUGUUAGCGCAGACGUAAAUGCUUCCAGAUGUCUCUGCUCAGCAGUGAAAGCUGGCACCCCAUCCCCCCUAGAACUCCCUCACGCUCCUCCUUCCCUGCCUCCUCCUCCUCGUCAUCAUGCAUUUCUUCAUCUCACCAGCCGGCUGGUGGUCCACAACGAGGAAAUUCAUCCCACCGUGACUGCUAAUUAUGAAAGAAGUGUUAGCGCUGCUGUUGUCUUGUUUGUACCUCGCAGUGAGUAAAAAACACUGCUGUAAAAACUCAUUUCCGUCUCAUAACAGGAGAAAGAGAAGAAGUACAUGCUUCCUCUGGAUAACCUGAAGAUCAGAGAUGUGGAGAAAGGAUUCAUGUCCACGAAGCACAUCUUUGCAAUCUUCAACACAGAACAGAGGUCAGGGUUAAAAUCCUCAGCCAAGAAGUGCUCUUCAUUGAUUUGUUUUGCACCACAUCUUUGUGUUUCAUGAGCACACAUGUCCUCGUCUACUGAAAACACUCGUGUUCGCCUUUAUAUCAUUUGCGCAGGAACGUCUAUAAGGACCUUCGUCAAAUAGAACUGGCCUGCGAUUCACAAGAAGAUGUGGACAGCUGGAAAGCGUCCUUCCUGAGGGCGGGAGUUUAUCCAGAGAAGGACCAGGUAUGUGGGUUUCUAUAAAGCUCUUUAGCACUUAUCAUUAAAAUCAUCGUGAGGACACUUCACCGCUGCUCCUGCUGCUUCUACAGAUGAGCUAUAAAAAUCUGUUAGUUGAUUAUUCGCACGCCAUCUUGUUUGUUUGUUUGUUUGAAAAACAACAGGUGGAGAACGACGAGGCGGCCCCUGCAGACACAUUCUCCAUGGACCCGAUGCUGGAGCGGCAGGUGGAAACCAUCCGCAACCUGGUGGAUUCAUACAUCGGCAUCAUCAACAAAUCCGCUAGAGAUCUCGUGCCCAAGACCAUCAUGCAUCUCAUGAUCAACAGCGUGAGUCUAAACAGUCCCCAGCAGCAGCAGCAGACACAAAUCAUAAACAGAGUGAAAACAAAGUCCGACACAGAGCUAAUAUCAAAGAGAUCAUUUCCGUCUCUGACCUUAAAGCUCCUGUGAGAAGUUUUUGGCAGGUUGGGAAACAGACUGAAAUCAAUACUGGUGCCUUUAUUUGACCCACCAAAUCAAUAAAACCAAUCAGAAACUAGACUGUUUAUUUAUGUACCGUCAGUUUUUAAUACCAGUUAACCCAACAGCCGGGUAAGUGUCAGACGAGGUCUUUUCGCAAACCGCAGAAACAGCCUUUGUUUAUAUUCUCCUCGGCAAAGAUUCACAGUGAGUGACCUCUGACUGUUCAGAUUAGAACAAAGAUAAGAUGAGAUUUUUCAUCAUCAGACAGCGAUUCUUCAGCAGGAGCAGGAGGAGAUCAGAUGAGAUGUACCGCUUUGUUCGAGACGAGCUGAAAAUUCUUCUUAGUGGUUUGAACAUUUGGCGUUCAGUAAUGAGGAAUUUAGAGUUUGAAAAAGUAGCCGAGAUCACCUUUCUGAAGUGGAAAAGUGGUGAAAUAAAGCACUUGUAGGCGAUGCACAAUUGCCCAGUCAAACUUCAGGGCACCUCUGGUCUUUCUCAAUACUGCAUCAAUUUCAGAAAAUGCUUUUCUGUCUGUCAAACUCGCACAAACACACGAGAAAAUAAGACCCUGGUUGAAAAAUCCCAAAGUUCUCCUUUAAGAGGUUUCUAAAAGUCAACUUUGCAGAUGUCUUCAUUCAAAGUACGUUUAUCUCCUCAAACUUAUAUAUUGAUCGCUUCUCUCCAGUGCAUGAACCCAUCUUCCAUUUCUGGGUCACUAUAAGCACUUUCACUGUCAAUCGAUGUAUAUUUCCAACAUCUGUGUUUUGAAAUAUUUCAACCGACUUUCAGGCGAAGGAUUUCAUCCACUCGGAGCUGCUGGCUUACCUCUACUCGUCCGGAGACCAGAACAGCCUCAUGGAGGAGUCGGCCGACCAGGCUCAGCGGAGAGAUGAAAUGUUGCGCAUGUAUCACGCGCUCAAGGAGGCCCUGAUUAUAAUCGGAGACAUUAGCGCAAACACUAUCACCACCCCUGUCCCCCCACCUGUGAACGACACCUGGAUCCAGGAAGCCAGGUGAGAAAGGUUUUAGAUAAACCGCAGCUGGAGCAGAGAGAAAUGAUAGUAUAGAGCGGCAUAUAUUAUAUUGCUAUCUAUCUAUACAUCUAUCUAUCUAUACAUCUAUACUUUCUAUCUAUCUAUCUAACUAUCUAUCUAUCUAUCUAUACAUCUAUCUAUACAUCUAUCUAUCUAUACAUACAUCUAUACAUCUAUCUAUCUAUCUAUCUAUCUAUCUAUCUAUCUAUACAUACAUCUAUCUAUCUAUCUAUCUAUACAUACAUACAUCUAUACAUCUAUCUAUCUAUCCUUUCAAUACUUUUUAUGUAUCUAUCUAUCUAUCUAUCUAUCUAUCUAUCUAUACAUCUUUCUAUCUAUCCUUUCAUUUUCUUUUCCUCACAGUCUCCCUUUUAUAGAUAUUUAAGAUCAGAGAUGUUGAGAAAAACAAAAAUCUUGAUACUUUUGCUUUAGAUUGAAAAUGUGUGUCACACCUGACAGCUUAUGUGUCUGUUUUCAAAAAGAACAUCAAACAGAUUUAUUGAAUUCCCUGAGACCCCCUGAGAUGAAGCUUAGAUUAAUCUCCCCCUCCUCGCGUGAUCUUUAUGUGAAGAUGUCAGCUUUAAUGGGAUCAUAUCCUCCUCUCAGCCCGACCCCUCAACGCAGGCCGGCUCCCGCCACAGCCCCGCCCCCCAGCCGUCCACCCGCUGUCCGGGGCCCGACACCAGGACCACCUUUAAACCCUUCUCCUGCCUUCGGAGCUCCUCUCAACCCCUCUCCCGCUUUCGGCGCACCGCCAAUCCCCUCCCGCCCGGGCCCAUCCAUCAAUGCCUUUAACAGCAGCCAGGAUCCCUUCAGUGCGCCCCCACAGAUCCCCUCCCGGCCAGCCCGCGUCCCACCCGGUGUGCCCAGGUAUGACCUCUCUCACUCAAUAUAUGAACUCAUUUGUGUGCACUAACAUCCCAUCAUCCUCUUUCUUUAAGCGUCACAGGUCUGGUUGACUCUUUCUCACCUGUCACCUCGUCUCUCUCACUCUCACUUUUCCUCUCUCCCUCUCUCACCCUUUCUUUUCCUUUCGGGUUGUGUUGGUUUCCUCGCUGUCUCACUCCUUGUCCUGUAUUCUCUCUCCCCGUUUGCAGCCGAAGACCCCCCGGCGCUCCUUCUCAUCGGCCCACCAUUAUCCGCCCUGCUGAGCCCUCCCUGCUAGACUAGACCUGUGUCCAGGCCCACUUUAAGUGUGUGUUUGUGUUCGGGCGUGUGUGUAACCUACACACUAAAGGCCAGGGGGGGCGGGGCGCUCGUGGGGAGGGGGCCAACUUUUUAGUGGUGCAUAAUGUGCAUUGUCCAGCAUAUGUCUUUUCAAGCAAUGUAAUAAGCUGCUAAUACCGUCUUUAUCAGUGCACAUGAGCGGGAGGAAGCCCUUAACCACUCGAAUUUAACGUUUGAUUGCUGUGGGAAUUGUUCGAUGCAGAUAAAACCCAGGUGAUGUUUGAGACGUAUUCAGAGAGGAUGUAUCAAACUCAGUUCAAGCACUCUUUUAACUCAAAACAACUGGUUUAUUUCCUUUUGACAAGUCAGGAUCUCAGUCGAUAACUUAUGCACAGUCACAGUCACAGUCUUUGUUUCCUCUCCCCUCUCUCCAGACCUCCGUGUUCUACACACCCUUAACUCGUGGUACAUGUUUCACUGGGUUUUCAUUUGCUAACUGGUUUCAUACUGAGAAAUACAGCUUAUUAUUAUCACUGUUGUUAUUUUUCCCCCUCUAUGUGUUAUUUUAUUGAGUGACUUUGUCCUUUUAAAUAAUAAAUGUAGCUUUAAAGAAUCAAUUUCAGAAAGAAAGAAAGAAAGAAAGAAACGGCACUCAGAGAGCAAACCCUUGUAAGUUAUUCUACCACGACGAUAAGGAUUGACUGUUAGAUUUUAAGCACUUGUCAACACAUCACGAAGAAAAAAGACGUCUCAAAGCAGGGAUGUUGUAGUCCGUCACUAAAACACUAUGCAUGUUUCAAACUAGGGAGAGGGAGAGGGACUGAAGGCUCUCUCUGCACUUUGUGAGACGCUUUCUCUCUCGGCUAAUUCUGAGUUGAUAAAGCUUUGAAUCGUAAAUCCCUUUUUGUCUCAUUUGAACUCAGAUGGUCCUUUUAUCUUUCAGGUAGACUUUAUUCCUGUACCCUCCCGGAUUAGCUGAAUCCUACAGAGCAGAGCACACAGUACAGAUUCCUGUCAGAGAGGAUCAAACUCAGCGAAAUAGCGGGGUGUGUAGAUUAGACUUAUCUGCGGUUUAGGGUACAAAGAUGGUAUUAAGCAGUUAGACGUCGGCACAUCUCUCUCUGGGCUUAGGUGAAAAGACGUGUAUUAUUUCUAUUAUCUCCGCUUCCAUGCAUUAAAAUAACAUUGUAUAUAGCUGGCCUAUUCUGGGGAGUUAGCACUUGUAUCUCAUUUUAAUUGCAGGGUUGGUGGCAAAAACAUGAAUAUAAUCAAAGCCCAACAUAUUGACGAGUGUAGUCCACCCAUAAAAAGAAAAACUAACACUGUCAUGCAUUGAUUAUGUCGGGAAAGGAUAUCAGUCAUCUCCGUUUGCAUUAUUUAUAACCCGGGCAUUUGUCAUUUCUUUGAUGUAUCACUUCUGCACAACUCAGCGUCUCCUAAAUUGUGAUUUUGGGGGUUCUACUACAGGGUUUAGCUGUCUGAAGAUUGGAUGUUGGAAGGGCACCAGGGGCUGGACAUUUUGUCCUCGAAUCUGUGAUUUUUGUGAUUAUAAUGACGAAGAUUUUAUGAUUGCUUUUUGACCAAUUCAAAACGUUUAUUUUUUAAAAAGCAGGGAGUGAUGUUGAGCUACAGAUGCUACAAAUGUUUUCUGUUUUUUUUUUUGGUUUGAUCAGUAGCGGUGGUGAACAGGUGGUGGGAAUUGUGGUGUAUGAAAGCACCCCCUGUCUGAGAGGCUGCCCAGACUUUUUCUGUCCUCUGACUACAGAGGACGGAGACUUAAUCAGCCAACCCAAAAAGAUAAGAUAAGACACUUUGGGAAAAAAAAUUAAAAGAUCCCAAACCAGACUCGAGAGACAGUGUGUGCUUUCUCUACCUUAGUAUUUUUCCUCAGGUCUGGCUAUCAGUGACAGUGCUGGAAGGAGUAAAGUAUGCUCAUGGGAACACUUUAAAUUAAAAACCCUUCAUUGCAGAUCAUCCUCCAAGACCUAAAAGACAAAAAUUAAUAGUUAAUGUGGGAAAAAAAUAAAAUAAAAUCCUUGUGCCUGUCACGUCAGCCUGCCCCUGAGAACCCCUGACUGUAAAUACCCUGUGAUACAUUAGGCUGUGGCAACACUGCCUCCCUUCCUAAUGGAUGUACCCUGCCUCCUUCCUCUUUCCCUCCCCUGCCUGAAUCUGGUGCAAGGGGUGGGAAACAAACCUGCAAAAAUCUCCCUUUUUUCUUUUUGUUUUGCAAACCCUUGUCAAGUGCCUCUGUAGCAGUUAAUGAUUUGAAUAAACAACAUGAACUGAUUUAGUAUGGCGAGUAAAUAAAGAGGUGUUGUGUACAAUAAAGGGACUGGCUCUGGUGGUUGGUGUCUCCUUGUGUCCUGUGUGAUCCACUUUUUCUCCUCUCUUUCUCUCUUUUUAUUAGGUGUAAUAGACCUCCUCCUUGUUUGCCUCUUUUUGCUUUCCUUCCCUCCCUUCGUUUACACCGAUGUAGACUGGCAUAAGCCCGCUAAUGUUCCUAUGGCAACCCUGUACUGUCAGGCUGCUUUCUCUAGAGAGACCGUUUCAAAAAGGUGGUUUUAACCGUCAAAACAAAGCUUUAGUUUUUUUUUUCUACCAAAUGUUGAGUGAAAAAAAAAAACACUGCCUUGCAAUCAGUGUUUUAUCUUUUCAUAAAAGAAUCCAACCCUGCAGUCGUAGGUUUGGUAACACUUUAUUUGACGCCAAUCUCUCUAACGCAUUAUAAAUAUGUCUAUAAUGUGUUAUAUCACUGUAUAACUAUGGUUCUAAACACUUAUAAAUGAUUAUAAUGCUUUAUAACAAUAAAAACACAUUAUAAAGCAUUUUAUCAUGACUUACAAGGUCAGGAAUUAUAAUGUGUUAUAACUGUUAACAACUCACUGACAAUGCCCACAUAGAUAAUGCAUUAUACAUAUAUUUAUGUGUUAUAAUCUGUUUAUAAUCUUGUAUAACUAUCAUUAUAAACUCUCAUUAAUAAUUGCAAGGCUUUAUAACAAUAAGCAUAACACAUUAUAAUACCUGACCUUGUAAGUCAUGAUAAAAUGCUUUAUAAUGUGUUAUGAUUAUUGCUAUAAAGCAUUAUGAUAAUUCAUGAGUGUUUAUACUGAUAGUUAUACAGUGCUGUAAUGUGAUUAUAACACAUAAACAUAUUUAUAAUGAGUUUGAGAGAUAGGUGUCAAAUAAAGCGUUACUGUAGGUUUUAAUUUUGGUCUGAAAAGUAGAUUGAAACCAAUAAACAGGAAAACACAUUUUAAUGUAUAAGAAGAACAUAACAGAUUUUGUAGAUCUUACAGCGAAUUUGCACAAUGAUAAAACCUGAAAUCUGUUGGUGGGAAAUAUUUUUAUACAUUGGCAUCAUAAAGAUAGUCGGUGCUAAAUUAGUGGAAACCUUCAGCAGUACAAUCCCAUUAAAGUUGUCUUUUUACACAUAGCUGCAACAAUAAAAGACUCAAGCUUGUGUCUAAUUAUAUCCUCCUCUGAGAAUGGAUAAUGAACUCCUUUAAACACCAAACCCAGCCUUAUUACAGAUGACCUUUGCCGUUCCCCCUGACUGGAUCCUGACGUGUUAUCACCUGUCAAAGAGCAUGUCACAAGGUUAAGAUAUUAACGCUGGUUGAUUCUUCUUGAACAGGCGCCCGCCCCCACGUCCAAACAAAUGGUGACCUCGACGCAGUCCGGAGUGAACACGACCCGCCUUCAAUCCAUGCAGGACCGCAGGAGAACGACAUACUUUAUUUUUUACUUCAUCCAAAGAGAAAAAGCUGCAAAACUUCUGUUACAGACCUGCAUGAUACUGACAGUAAAACCUGUAAUCUGCCGUUUAAAAUGUUAGAAACCUCAGACCCUGUAAGCUAUUCCCUCUCUCACCAAAGCACUAAGAUAUUUAACUUUAUUACAAAUACUAAGAUGUAAUAGUGGGAGAUCAGAUUAAACAGUUCCUUGUCACAUAAACAGGUCAGUUUGUUUUGUACUAUAGUGCCUUCUUAGUGGUCAAACAUGAACACAAAUUAUGACCAAGUUGUCAAAAAUGUUCCUUAAAACAGUCUUAGAAAAAUAUAGAUGUACUUCACAGAAAUGCACUACAGGCUCCUGCCGAAUGUUUUUUUUUUUUUUCUCCUCAUGAAGAAUAAUGACAAUGAAAUAAAUGGCUCCAAGGAACUGAAUGACUCAGCCAAAGCUCAGCGGCCGUGUGCUUCACUACAACUGUUUCUGCCUAUUUAACCUCCAGAUGGAGACAUUGAUCAGGGAGCUGUUAUACCAUGCGAAUUUGAUUUUAGGUGUGUUUUGUACUGUUCAUUCAGUAAAAAAACAGAGUUACAGUGCAUUCUCAGGAGGUGAGGAUUUUUAAUAUGUGGUGUGUGUAUUAUUGUUUGCUCUUGGUUUUGUGAAAACUGAGUAAAGGGGUAUCGAUGUUGAUGUAAAAUGUAGUUUUUGAACCUCAAUAAAAUAACAUCCCAGUGA